AUGCCUAUGCCUAGGAAUUAUCAGCAGAGGAGGAUGAACUAUCGUGCUCGCAAUACCGAGCAGGACUCUGAUACCGAUGACACACACAGUGUGCACUCGUCUCUCAGUCAUGGCGCAAGUACUCUGUUCAGUCACGAUGACCGUUCCUCUGUUUCUUCGGGACCAGUAUCUGUCUCGCAUGCCCUACCUCACCGAGGUACCGGCCUCCGUUUUCGACCUGAAAACAUGUACCCAGACCGUUUCACACUGGCGGACAUCGAGGUGCCUCGAGGACCGUGGGUGUACCUUGCAUGCCCAGGAUCCAGGCGCAAGUGUCCACAUUGCAAAGUUCACGUGAGCCACAGCGACCAUGUCGUGGUAGCAGUUGACGGAGCAUGCUCAAAGAACGCCAAAGAUGGAGCUCGCUCAUCGUAUGGGGUGUUCUGGGGUCAUAACAACGUACUGAACACCGCCGUGCCUGUUGAGGGAGAAAAUCACCAUACGAACCAGGUAGCCGAAUUACGGGCUUGUAUGAGAGCAUUGCUGGACGUGGUGCACGUCAAAUCUCUCUUUGAGGACCAAGGCGGUGCUCUUAGCGUGGUUGUCAUCAAGUCCGACUCGGAGUAUCUAGUCCGCGGCGUCACCGAAUGGCUCCCCAAAUGGAAGAGGAAUGGCUGGAAGAACUCCAGGGGACUGGAUGUGGCGAAUUGGGAACAUUUCAAGGCGAUUGAGCGUCUCACGGAGGAUUUGGAGAGACAAAAAAUAAUCGUCAAGUUCUGGCAUGUACCUCGGAGGAAUAAUCGCGACGCAGAUGCUAUGGCGAAGGCCGUCUUGAGGGGCGUCUGGAACCGGGGAUUGGGUUUGCUCCCUCCAUUCUAG